CUCGCAUUUCCAGCGGUGGCCACCAGGGGCCGCCCGGCUCUGUGUUUUCCCUUCUGGCCAGGGUCGCGGCCGGAGGCCCGCAGAGCGCAUGCUCGGGGCAGUUCGCCGCCGAGCGCCGGAGUUGCUUGUGGCCGCCCUGCACCGAGGACAAGAAGAUGCCACCCAAGCGCAUAGCUAAGAGAAGGUCACCCCCAGAAGAUGCCAUCCCCAAAAGCAAGAAGGUGAAAGUCUCACACAGGUCCCACAACACAGAACCAGGCUUGGUGCUGACACUGGGCCAGGGCGACGUGGGCCAGCUGGGGCUGGGUGAGAGUGUGCUGGAGAGGAAGAAGCCGGCCUUGGUACAUCUUCUACAGGAUGUUGUGCAGGCUGAGGCCGGGGGCAUGCAUACUGUGUGUCUGAGCCAGAGUGGCCAGGUCUACUCCUUUGGCUGCAAUGAUGAGGGUGCCCUAGGAAGGGACACUUCAGUCGAGGGCUCAGAGAUGAUUCCUGGGAAAGUGGAACUGCAAGAGAAAGUGGUGCAAGUGUCAGCGGGGGACAGUCACACAGCAGCCCUCACCGAAGACGGCCGUGUCUUCAUCUGGGGCUCUUUCCGGGAUAAUAAUGGUGUGAUCGGGUUGUUGGAGCCCAUGAAGAAGAGCAUGGUACCUGUUCAAGUGCAGCUGGAUGCACCGGUAGUAAAGGUAGCCUCAGGGAAUGACCAUUUGGUGAUGCUCACAGCUGAUGGAGACCUCUUCACCUUGGGUUGUGGAGAGCAAGGUCAGCUGGGCCGUGUACCUGAGUUAUUUGCCAACCGAGGUGGCCGUCAAGGCCUUGAGCGACUCCUUGUCCCCAGAUGUGUGCUGCUGAAAUCCAGGGGAACCCGGGGCCGUGUGAGGUUCCAGGAUGCCUUCUGUGGCGCCUAUUUCACUUUUGCCAUCUCCCGUGAGGGCCAUGUAUAUGGUUUUGGCCUCUCCAACUAUCACCAGCUGGGAACUCCAGGCACUGGAUCUUACUUCAUUCCUCAAAACUUGACAUCCUUCAGGAAUUCCACCAAGUCCUGGGUGGGCUUCUCUGGUGGCCAGCAUCAUACAGUCUGCAUGGAUUCAGAAGGAAAAGCAUACAGCCUAGGCCGGGCUGAGUACGGGCGGCUGGGUCUUGGGGAGGGUGCUGAGGAGAAAAGCAUACCCACCCUCAUUUCUCGGCUGCCGGUGGUCUCCUCAGUGGCCUGUGGAGCUUCUGUGGGAUAUGCUGUGUCCAAGGAUGGUCGUGUUUUUGCUUGGGGCAUGGGCACCAACUACCAGCUGGGCACUGGGCAGGAUGAAGAUGCCUGGAGCCCUGUGGAAAUGACUGGCAAACAGCUAGAGAACCGUGUGGUGUUAACUGUGUCCAGUGGGGGCCAGCACACAGUCUUACUAGUUAAGGACAAAGCACAAAGCUGAUGAAGUCUUUGUGGGCCUGGCUUCUGGCCCCAGCCCAGCUUCACAGGACAGGAACGGCCAGCUACAGACUCCAGAAGGCCCCUCCCCACCCUGAGCAGAUAUCAUCUCCUGUCUUUUCCCAUCACCACAGCAGAAUCCUUUUUCUUCUGUUUCGUCCUCUUUCUAGAAUCAUCCUGGUACUUGUAGGAUGUGGGAGGGUGGGAGGAGGAUCUCAGAAGGAUCUUUGCUUAUCAGAGGCUUACUUUGUUAGACCUUUUCUCCUUUCAGUCCCCUGCCUCCUGUGGUCCUAGCUGGUGCUGGCUCAUCACCUACAAAACUCGAAAGCGUAGUAGCUUAAAACUACAGGAAACAUCCAGCUUUGGGGUCUUGGUGCCCACAUCUGAAAAGUUGGGACUUCAUGAGGUCCUGCUUCCCAUGAGUCUCUCUCUCUGUUCCUAACCAUAGUUUAUAAGGACACAGAUGGUUUGUAUAGUCAUCGGGUUCAGUUGUCAUGGACCCACAUGCCUGGGAAGAUCUGGACAAAGGCUUUACAAGGCUCUGGGUGACGUAAGCCAAAUAUUUGGCUCUGAACAGGUGUCCAUGGGCAAAAACACUGACCCACUUGAAAAAGACCAACUGUCCUCCCAAAAGCACAAAGCACCCCAGUGUCCCUUGGGUGUCACCUGUCUGUUCCCCAUCAGUCAGCCUUUCUGCUAUAGAGGACUGAAUAGCCAUGCUGGGCUCGGCUGGACAGUCAGGGGAGGGUAGUGGGGGGGGGUGUUUUGUAAUGGCGCUCAGGGAUGAGUGGAGGGAAGGUGUGGAGGGGCAGAGGCUGGGCCUAAGGAAAGGAACAGUGGCUGAGAAAAUAGUUUUGAUUUUUUUAAUUGUAUAAUAUUUUGAAGGGGAGAGUAAAAUCUUGUAACACUUUGAAUAAACUUAGAGUUUUAUAAAAUGGG